UUUUGGUUUGCCGAGAAAAUAGAAAGGAAAAAAAUUAAGACAUUAGAGUACAUAAUGUUGAACCAAUCACCAUUAAAUGCUUAUUCGGUAAAUAAAAAAUAAAAUCGUUUUUUUAUACGCAAUUUGUAUAAAGUUGUAGUUUCUGGUUUUCCGAAAACAAAUAUAUAAAUGACCGAAGAGCUUCAUAGAUUGGAUAGCGAUUUUAAAGGCCGAAAUUCUUCACACUCGCCCCGACCCGAUUUCUAGUACAAACAAACAAUAUUUAAGAGGGUUAAAAGUUGUUAUUCAAGUUCGGAUUUUUUUCGAACACAGAAAAACGAAGAUGAUGCCCAAAUGUUCUGCUCCACCAAAUGAAGCUACUAAACUCUUUCAGAGCUUAAAUGGGCUUCAACAACUUGCUGAGAGGCGUUCUUUCAAGGCAUGGUUCUUAGACCAGUUUGGGGUACUCCAUGACGGGAAGCAACCUUAUCCGGGUGCCAUUUCCACAUUAGAAAAGCUGGCUCAUAGUGGCGCAAAAAUGGUGAUCAUCAGUAAUUCCUCCAGACGUUCUUCAGUAACCAUGGAGAAAAUGAAAAGUCUUGGCUUUGACCCUUCUCUAUUUGCAGGAGCCAUAACUAGUGGAGAACUAACACAUCAGUGCCUGCAAAGGAGAGAUGAUGCUUGGUUUGCAGCGCUUGGAAGAUCUUGCAUUCACAUGACUUGGAGUGACCGGGGAGCUAUUUCUCUUGAGGGCUUAGACCUACAAGUCGUGGACAAUGUUAAAGAUGCUGAGUUCAUCUUGGCCCAUGGCACCGAAGCUUUGGGUCAUCCUUCUGGUGUUGCAUGUCCCAUGAAACUUGAGGAACUUGAGAAUAUUUUGGAACAUUGUGCUGCUAAAAAAAUUCCUAUGGUGGUGGCUAAUCCAGAUUUUGUAACUGUUGAGGCUAGAGCUUUGCGAGUAAUGCCUGGGUCUCUUGCUGCAAAAUAUGAAGAACUAGGAGGUGAAGUGAAAUGGAUGGGCAAACCUGACAAGAUAAUCUACAAAUCAGCAAUGGCCAUGGCUGGUGUAGAUGCUGCAGAUUCUAUUGCAGUCGGUGAUUCUCUCCACCAUGACAUCAAGGGUGCGAAUGCUGCUGGAAUCCAAUCCGUUUUAAUUACUUGUGGAAUCCACGCAAAUGAACUUGGACUAAAUUGUUUCGGUGACAUUGCCAACUCUUCUUCUGUGCAAGCUCUGGCUUCCAAAUAUGAUGCUUAUCCAUCCUAUGUGUCACCUGCUUUUAAAUGGUAGACGGCCAUGAUACUUGGUAAGCACCUUGACAUCAGGCUGGGUGGAUAAUGAAGAGAAGUGAUGUAUUUGCUGUAUACAGUGUGUGUGACUAAGAAAUAAGUAUGACUAUACUGAAAUUGAUUUGAAAUUCCCAGGAGAAGAAGUUGUUUGUGUUUUUUUAUUUAAUAAGCUUUGUCUUUGAUUUAUUCAAGUUGAGAGUGUGGAGAUGAUUGUUAGUAGUGGUAAAUUAGGAAGUUAGCUGUGUUAGAAUAGAAUAGUAGCGAAAAGGCAUGCGGCCAUCUUUUGCUUU